AUGAAGCCUAAGCACAGAAUGAUAGCCACAAGGCAGAGGACCAGGAGUGCUGUGGCUUACCACACCAGGUCUACAGCCAUGAAGAGGAUGUUGUCUCUGAAGAGGGUGAGAACAUCCCUCCAGAAGCAGAGGAGGAGGAGGCCUUCUUCCCAGGUUCUGGGGAACAUUGUCGGCUGCAGAAUUUCUCAUGGAUGGAAGGAAGGUAAUGAGCCCGUCACCCAAUGGAAGGCCAUCGUUCUAGGUCAACUGCCCACAAAUCCCUCUCUCUAUCUGGUGAAGUAUGACGGCAUUGACUGUGUCUACGGGCUGGAGCUCCUCAGUGAUGAGAGGAUCUCAAAACUGAAGGUCCUGCCUCAAAAAGUAGUGUUUCCUCAAGUGAGAGACACCCGCCUCGCCAGAGCCAUGGUUGGCAGAGCAGUGGAACAUAAAUUUGAGGGCAAACAUGGAGUUAAGGAUAACUGGAAGGGGUUGGUGCUAUCCCAGGUGCCAAUCAUGAAGGCCUGGUUUUACAUUACCUACCAGAAAGACCCGGUUCUCUAUAUCUACCAACUCCUGGAUGACUACACAGAAGGUAAUCUCCGCUUCAUUUCAAAGACUCCCCCAGCAGACAUGAAGUCAGACACCGAGACUGAGGAUGACCUAACAGGUAAAUACGUGCGAUACACCAGAGGCGACGGCUCCAAGAAGAUCGGCAAGGUUGUUUACCAAGCUCUAGCUAAGCCGUCCGUGUACUUCAUCAAGUUUGAUGGCGACGUCCAUAUCUACGUCUUUAAUGUGGUGGAAAAGAUCCGUUAA